AUGAUCAACGACAAGAGUGCCGUCGUCAGAGCGGGCCACCCCCGACGACCCUCCAUCGCCGGCCUGCCUCCUCGCCGCGACCUCCAAGCCGGUCCUCCUCGCCGCGCCCUCGAAGCAGCCCCUCCUCCCCGCGCCGCCGCGAAGCCGCAUAGCGCCUCGGGGCCGUCCCCGCUGGCCUCUCCUCUAGCCCCGGCCACCGAGGGCCCGCCGCGACCGCGCCCUCCGCGACAGCAACGGCGACGACGCGGCGCCCGCGCGGUUCGCUCUCCGGCCGUGGCUCCCGUGGCGCGGGCGCGGGUCCAAGCGGUUCCCCUUGCGGGGCUCCUCUCCUGUCGGGAGAACGCCGUCGUCGCCGACGACCCCGGCGAAGCCUACGCGACGACCGUCGACAUUGCGGGCGAGGCGCACGAGGUGUCCCUCGCCGUGGAGGACUCCGCCAUGUGGGUCGCCAUCGACGGCGAGAAGGCCCAUCAGGUGCGCCGCCUCCGGUGGAAGUUCCACGGCAGCGAGAGGCUGGACCUCCCGCGCGGCCGUGGCCGCCCGCGCGGCCGUGGCCGCGGCCGCAUCACGUGGGACCUCCACGACUGGCUCUUCUGCCCCGAUGCGGCUGCCGUCUUCGAGGUCUCCGGCGCGGACGAAGACGACGACAGGCGCGGCCCGUCAGGUCGGGUUCGGACACGGCGCCACACUUGAGCAGGUCAACGAGGCGUCAGUGACCGCGGCGCGGACGAGGAGGGCGCCGCUGAACGCCGCGACGAGAACGGCGGCGAGCGCCCUGCUCCGGCGUGAGAGAGGCGGAGGGGAGAGAGGGAACUUUGGGAGAGAGAUGGGGCGGCGUGGGAGGGAGAGAGGAGCCAGGGAGGAGGGCACACAAAGCUGGCCACACCAAAUCCUGCUGGAGAGAUAUUAAAUUAUUGGAAAAAUGUAUUUAAUCUAACUCUAACUCUUCAUCCAAACACAACUUUGGUUAGAGUUAGUCCAAGA